UUGUCUUUUCUGUUACCUGGGUUGCGCUAAUAUUGCUGCUUUUAAAGUUGAGUUUAUGUCACAAAUGUAUUUAUGUAUAAGUUUUUUUUCUUUAAUAAGCAUAUAGCUUUAGUUCUAGAAAUGUAUUUUUAGGGCGAUUGUGAAUGAUUUGGAACAUUAUAAUGAGAUGGAAUAAGAACCUUCUUUUUUAAGUAAUAAUAUGCCCUCUUUGUAUUUAGUUUUAGUUAGGCAGUAUACAUUUUGGCCAGUUCUGAGUUAAAUAAUCAUUUUUGGCUAUUGAUUGAAAAAUCACACUCUUUAAUUUAUAUGUUGUUAUUGGUAGGCAAUAUGAAAUUCAAGAGUUUUUCCUAAUACUUAAACUUUCCACAUAGGGCUUAUGUUUAGAGCAACAAUUUAUUAAAUUUAAAAAGUACUUUUUCUUUAUAUUAAGUCUGGUGUGCAGUGAUAAUGAAUAAAUUUGAAAUCCACACAUAUCUCUCAUGCAUCCUCUUUUUUCUUUUUUGUUUCAAAAUACUGCAUACUAAAAGUAAGGCGGUUUGUCAUUUACUUACUUUGUUGUCACUGAAAUUCUUGCUUGGAAGUCUGUGCCCGUUCUGUCCUAUGUGCAGGGAAACAUACAUGGUGAGCAGCCCUGUGCACUUCUGUUGGAGAGCACAUUCUUACUAUCACAUUGGCUGCUGCUGUAGGACAAAAUGGGUUUUCCAUUAUUUUAUAAAGUCAGAAGAUGAAUGUAUUCAUGUAUUUUAUAAGUCUAAUUUACACUGAAAUUAAGUGUUCUUUCAAAAUUGUGAAUAGAUUAAUCAUAAAGAAAUGUAGGUGUAUAUUGUUGCAUUGUUUUAUUAAAAUAAAGGAGCAGGAAUAUAUGUGGGUAUUAGCUUCACAGAAUGCUAGUAAUGAGGACAUUUGAAAGUUUGUGUUGAACAGUCAGAAUUCCUUAGACCGAAUUAUCCUUUUAUUUACAUUUUUACUUCUCUGUGAUAUCUAGACUAUUACUCAACUUUAUUGAUUCCUCAGGGGUGAAAAAUAUUUAGUGGAUAUAAUUUGGUACCCAUGGAAAAAGAGGGUAUUGGUCACAUGACACUUAAAUACAAUAAACACAGCAUACUUCAAAGAAAAAGAUACUUGUUUUUCUAGUUAUUUCUAAGGUAAGAAAAUUAGAUACAACACACUUGUUUGACCACAUUAAAGAAAAAGACUGUUCUUAAAUAUAUAUAUAACAGCAAUAGAUUUUAGUUAAUUGGUUUCCUUUAUUAUAAACUUACAUUAUAAUUAUGUUUAGAGAACACCUUUUUUUGUUUUUCUUUGCAUAUUUAGGCUCUUUACUUUUAAUUUAGCAUCCAAAACGGAUUCUUUGGAUAAAACAAGAUAAACAGUUGUUUCAAUAAACAGUGAUGGAGUCACUUUUUUAAAGGACUUUUUCUUCUAAAAAUUUACUCAUCCUGAAGAAUUAGUCUUAUAAAAAUCUAGAUACUGAGAAAUGUGUUCUUCAGUUCUUUUACUGAUACUUCCACUUUACUACUUCUUCAGAGGUAAUUCUUAGCUGACGUAAUGAACGUUACUUUAGAAUUAUUUACUUUAGGAAUAUUUUGUAACCCUUUAAUGAUAAAACUGUGUCAUAGUCCUAAAAAUAUAGCAUGUGCUUUAUCUCUUUUAGGAUAUCUCAGCUUUAACUAAAAUGAAUAUUCUUCCGAGAAACUAUACAUGUAUCAUAUAUAUGGCUUGUUUGACACUUUUAAGCUCCAAUUUUAUUGUGUAUACUAGUACAUCAGAAACUGUUUUCUUUAUCACCCACUUUUAUUUAUUUUUGUCUACUUUCAGAUGAUGUUGAAGGUAAAGAUUGCAUUUACAUAUGCGUGAUGCUUUUAGGCAUAAUUUCUAAUAAUGUAAAAGGACACUGUCAAGUGAUGUUUCUUCUGGCUGCUAAAGAAAUCCAAGAUUUGUUUUACUAUAUUAAAAUUCCUUAACUAAAGAGGAAUAUUUGAUAAACUUACUAUUAUUUCUAUGGCUACUAAAUCUAUUUACUGUCCAGAACACAUAAAAUAUUCUAGUACAUCUCUUAAUAAAAUUAAAGGCUUUCUUUGGUAAGACAAUUUAUUCAAAAUUAUUUCAUGUAUACUUCCUAGAAAAAAAAUUUUUCGAUAGCUUAUUUAAUAUUUGCUAUGACUCAAGAGGCUGAAGCAGGAGGAUGGCUUGGGGCCAAGAGUUUGAGGGUACAGUGAGCUACGAUCAUAUCCAUGAAUAGCCACUUCACCCCAGCCUGGACAAUGCAGUGAAAUCUCAUCUCUAAAAAAUAAACAAAUAUGAUAUUUGAGUAUAUAUACAUGUAUUAUCAAGGUAUACAUACAUAUUUUACCUAUAUUCAGUAAGAACUGGAAGUUAUUCCAGUUCAGAGAAUAGGUGUAUAUUGAUAUUGUCCCUUUAAAAAUCAGUGCAUGCACGGUACUGUUCUAGUUACUGACAUUUCUUACAGUAAUUCGUAAAACUCACCAAUAUUUUGAUGAUCUGUUUCAAGUUCCAUUUACUUUUAAUAUUGAUAUUUCUUUUCCUCAUAAUUAAACUAACCAAAUUUUUGUUGUUGUUUUACCAAUUUUCCUGACUUGUUUAGCUUUUUUAAAUCAGGAAAGGAAUAUUCUUAUCUAAAGUAGUUUUAAAAUAGUACAUAACAAAGUCACCUAUACAUAACAAAACAACUAACAAGGAAACUAACUUAUAAAAGUGUGAAGCAUCACUUUUUGUGACACUUGAAUCCCUUGUCUGAAAUACCAGAGCAUUGUACUUGACUUUUGCCAGACUGUGUCCUUGUUGGGUAGUACAGCUCAGUCUUUUUUUCUGUUACUGUUUUAUCUAUUUGUAUGAAGCCUUCAGAACUUAGCCUUUUUUUCGUGUUCAUUCCCUUAAUCCUCCUCAAGCCUCUGAGAUAGGUGUUAUUUUUCUCUUAUGUUGAGAUGAGAAAAUGAAAGCUCAGAGUUUAUGUAACUUAUGCGGUAUCAUCUAGUGAGUACGAGGAUUUUUUAAUAUAUAUUUUUCUCUUUUUUUAUUAGUAUUUAAUUGAUUUCUAGUGGAAAAAAUUGUGGCCAAUUUUAUUUUUAUUUUUCUGACUAGAUUCUUUAUUAAAUCAUAUAACUUACAUAUUAGUUUAUAGAAGAUUCAAACAAAUGUCAAAAAGUAUAGGUGUACCUUUUUAAUUGACCACAUUAUAAAAGAAGAUUAUUUGAUAUUCCUUCACUUUGAGUUAGUACUAUUUUCAGUAGAAUAUAUCUAUUUAUAAAGCAGUUUUGUUCUUCAUAAUAUAGGUGUGAACUUGAUAUGGAGUGGAGAGCCAAAGAAAAUGUCCAGAGAUGUUUUUGAAUGUUGUUCAUACCUCUGAAUAAAGUACAACUGUAAACACAUUUUAAGAAAUGUAUCGGGUGGCACCUGUGGCUCAAAGGGGUAGAGCGCCGACCCCAUAUGACGGAGGUGGUGGGUUCAAACCCAGCCCCAGCCAAAAAAACUGCAAAAAAAAGAAUAAAUGUAUCUAUACAUUUUUAGUUAAAAUCAAAUCAUCUCAACAGGUCUGAAAGUGUCCAGAGGUGUAUGGGUCACUGCUUAUAAUGGUUUGACUUGUAAUUUUUUGACUUCCAGUGGUAUGAAAACAAUAAAUUAAAGGCUUCUGCAGUUCUGUAGAAACUAUACUUUGAGUACCCGUACAGCCAUUCUGUUUUUCUCUUUCAACACAAUGUUCAAUAAAUUACGAGACACUUUUUUAUGAGAUAGGCUUUGUGUUAAAUGAUCUUGCCCGACUGCAGGCUAAUGUAAGUGAUCUGAGCACAGUUAAGAUAGAUUAGGCUAAGCUAUGAUGUUUGGUAGGUUAGACAUAUUAAAUGCAUUUUCAAUUUAAUGAUGUUUUCAGUUUGCUCUGUUGUAAAUUGAAAAGCAUCAGUGAAAGUACUUAAAAAGAGCAGUCUUUUGUUUUACCUUCCUGUCUUGGGUUUACUUUUACUAUAGUAACGAGGGCCAUUUUGUUUUAAUCUUAUUUUUUUCAUGUAUCUUUGAUAAAUGGCUAAUUACUUUUGCAGAUUGUAAGUGUAUGGUAGAAUAUAGCAUUUAAAUUAUAGCACAUAAAAAAUAAACUAAGCUCUCGAAGUUGUAAUCUCAGUAUACUGGAUGAAGGAGGAUGGCUUACUUGUCUCAUACUUUUGCUUAUAUGGAUAAUAGAUAUAAUUUCUCAUGCUUUCAGUUUUGGUUUACAACUUUUAGAUAUAAUAAUUCAUAUAGUAGUUUAUAGUAGUUACAGCUUAAAUACUGCUACACUAAGGAAUGAGCUUUGUCUAUUUAAUUGCUUACCUAAUUUUGAGGAACUCCAUUAAAGGUAAGACAUGCUAUCUUAUGCCUAUAACAUAAAAGAAGUGAAGUCUGUCUUACUAACACUUUUUUUAACUGACAGCAUUAAGCCAGAAGGAACCAUUAAUACUUGGAACAGGACUGUGUUUUACUAGUUCAUUUCAGAAUGUAGGUCUUGGCUGUGUAUCACCAUACCUGUAAUCGCAGCACUUUGGGUGGCAAGGUGGAAGGAUCAGUUGAGGCCAGGAGUUUGAGACCAGCCUGAGCAAUAUAGCAAUAUACCCUAACUCUACAAAAAACAAUAAGACAAUUAGCCAGGUGUAGGGAUGCCUGUAAUCCUAACCACUUGGGAGGCUGAGGCUAGAGGAUCACCUUAGCCCAGGGGGUUGAGACUAUAACUGCACCACUGCACUUCAGCUUGGGUGACAGAGCAAGACCCUAUCCCUAUCCCCCCCCAAAAAAAGAAAUCUUAGCGGCGCCUGUGGCUCAGUGAGCAGGGCGCCGGCCCCAUAUGCCGAGGGUGGCGGGUUCAAACCCAGCCCUGGCCAAACUGCAACAAAAAAAUAGCCGGGCGUUGUGGCGGGCGCCUGUAGUCCCAGCUGCUCGGGAGGCUGAGGCAAGAGAAUCACAUAAGCCCAAGAGUUAGAGGUUGCUGUGAGCCGUGUGACGCCACGGCACUCUACCGAGGGCGGUACAGUGAGACUCUGUCUCUACAAAAAAAAAAAAAAAGAAAUCUUAAUUAUAUUCUGAUAGGUUACUAUAUCAGAAUGAAUCAAAGGUAUUAACUCCUUACCAAGUUAUUAGCUUGUGCUCAAUGCAAACAUUACAUUAAAUAUGUAAAUAUAUGGUUGGAUGAGUUUCGAGACUUGUAUGAACCUGUGAUACUGUAAUCUGUUGCUCCUGCUCCUUGCCCCCAUUGAACCACACAUUUUCCUUCUGUCACUGUGGACUAGUUUGUGCAGAUAUUGUCCUAGAAUUUUAUAUAAAUGGCAUCAUAUAGUAUAUUCCCUUUUUGGUGGCUUGGGGAAUCUGACUUCUUUUACUUAGCAUAAUUGUUUUGAAGUUCAUUCCUUUUUAUUGCUAAGUAGUAUUCUGUUAUAUGAAGAUGAAACAACUUGUAAAUCUAUUCUAUUGAUGAGCAUUUAGGUUAUUUCUAGUUUUGAGCUAUUAAAUUGUGAUUCCUUCCAUUUAAUCAAUUUUUUUAAUUUAGGUUUUUGUGUCCUAUUUUUGAGUGCUAUAAACAUUUCUACAUAAUUCAGGAGUGGUAUGUUGUAUAUGUCUCUUCAGUAAAACUCUGUAAUAGAAUAGUGUUUACUGAAGAGAAAUAACAACAUAUAUCCACUCCUGAAUUGUGAUCUAGUGAUAUGGUGGGUUUAUUAUUUAACUUUGUAAGAAACCACAUUUCUCAAGGUAGUUGUACCAUUUCAUAUUCCCACCAGUGGUGUGUGAGUUCCGUCUCUUCCACAUAAUCUCCAACACUUAGUACGAUCAGGUUUUAAAGUGUCAUUAUAGCUAUUCUAAUACAUGUGUGAUGAUAUCUCAUUGUAGUUUCGUUUGGUUUUGUUCUUAGUUUUCAAAGAUAGGUUCUUGCGCUGUCUCCCAGGCUGGAGGACAGUCAGUGGCAUGAUGAUAGCUCAAACUCCUAGGCUCAAGCCAUCUGCCCACCCCAGUCCUCCAUGCCUGGCUGAUUUGGGGGUUUAUUUUUGGCAGAGGCUGGGAUCUUGCUGUAUGGCCCAGACUGGUCUUGAACUACAGGGCUCAAGCAAUCCUCUCAACUCGACCUCUCAAAGUACUGAGAUUACAGGCCAGCCAGGCCUCAUUAUAGUUUUAAUUUGUAUUUUCUUAAUGAAUAAUGAUGUUGAAUGACUUUUGUGUAACUUUUUUCUUUCUUUUAUUAUUCACAUAUUUUUCUUCUUUAGCGAUGUAUUCAAACCUUUGUGUCCUAUGGGGUUGUCUUAAAUGAGUUGAAAUAUUGCCCUUGGUAGAGUGCUGUGACGUCACAGCUCAUAGCAACCUCCAGCUCUUGGGCUUAGGCAAUUCUCUUGCCUCAGCCUCCCAAGUAGCUGGGACUAUAGGCGCCUGCCACAAUGCUCAGCUAUAUUUUUGUUGUUGUUACAGUUUGGCUGGGGCUGGGUUUGAACCUACCACCCUCGGUAUAUGAGGUCGGUGCCCUACUCACUGAGCCACAGGCACCGCCCUGUGUGUGUUUUUUUUUUUUAAACAAAAUGUCAUAUUUAAUGCAGGAAUAUAUUAAGUUCUUUAUGUAAUUUAUAUUCAAGUCCUUUGGUAUAUGUCACAAAUUUCUCAGUCUGUGCCAUUUUCUAACAUUGUCUUUUGAAGAGCAAAAGUUUAAAAUUUUCAUUAGGUACAUUUUAUCAAUUUCUUUCAUAAUUUAGACCUUUUGUGUCCUAUUAAUGAAAUCUCUAGCAUAUCUAAGAUCACUAAGAUUUUAUCGUGUUUUCUUUUAAAAAUCUGUUUAGUUUCGGGCGGCGCCUGUGGCUCAGUCGGUAAGGGGCCGGCCCCAUAUACCCAGGGUGGCGGGUUCAAACCCGGCCCCGACCAAACUGCAACCAAAAAAUAGCCGGCGUUGUGGUGGGUGCCUGUAGUCCCAGCUAGGGAGGCUGAGGCAAGAGAAUCGCUUAAGCCCAGGAGUUGGAGGUUGCUGUGAGCUGUGUGAGGCCACGGCACUCUACCGAGGGCCAUAAAGUGAGACUCUGUCUCUACAAGAAAAAAAAAAAUCUGUUUAGUUUCAACUCUUAAAAUUAGGUCUGUGGCUCAUUUCUAGUUUUACACUUAAUUAAUAGGACAUUUCUGCACUUUCUGUUCCCUUGAUCGAGACAUGGCCCUUCUUGAUUACUGUAGCUGUGUAGUCUUGAAAUUAGUGUAAGACCUUCCACUUUGUUCUUCAGAAUUGUUUUGACUGUUUUAGGUACUUUUCAUUCACAUACAAAUUUUAGAAUCAUCUUGUCCAAUUUCUGCAAAACCAGGAUUUUGGUAACUGAGAUUUUGAUUGGGAUUUUGUUGACUAUAGGUCAGUUUGGGAAAGCUGUCAUCCUAACAGAAUCAUACCUUCUAAUACAGGAAUGUAUUGUAUCUUAUAGUAUUUAUGUAGGUCUUAUUCAGUUUUUCUCAGUAAUGUUUUGCAGUUUCCAAGGCAUAAAUAGUACCCGUCUAUUGUCUGAUGUCCAUUCUGGAUGCUGUUGUAAGUAUGUACUGUUUUUAAAAUUUCAAUUUCUAAUUAAUAUUACUAGCAUAGGGAAAUAAAUUCAUUUUGUUUAUUAACCUUCUAUCUUGCAACUUUGCUAAACUCACUGUUAGUUCUGAUAGCUUUUUUGUAGAUUUCAAGGGAUUUUCCACAUGUUCAAACAUGUCAUCUGUAAAUGUAAAACUGUAGAAAGGUAAUUUUAGUUCUUCCUUUUUUUUUAUUUGAGAAUUCUUCCUUUCUAAUCUGUAUUCCUUUUAUUUCUUUUUCCUGCCUUAUGGCAUCAAUUAGGAUUUCAAUUAGUGAUUAGAAUUGGUAAGAGUGGACGUUCUUGUCUUCUUCCUGAUCUAACAGAAGUCAUUCAGUCUUUCACCAUUAUUAUGAUGUUAGCUCUAAGUUUUUUGUAGUUGUCUUUUGUCAUCCAGCUUUGUGACUUUAAAUAUUCUUUUCAUUAAGACUCUAACAUGGGGCCAAGGAAGGGGAAGGAAGGGGGGAGAUUUUGGUGGAGGGAGGGUUAUGGGUGGGGCCACAUCUACGGUGCAUCUUAGAAUGGGUACAGGCGAAACUUACUAAAUGCAGAAUACAAAUGCCUACAUACAGUAACUAAGAAAAUGCCAUGAAGGCUACAUUAACAGUUUGAUGAGAGUAUUUCAGAUUGUAUAUGAAACCUGCACGUUGUACCCCUUGAUUGCACUAAUAUACACAGCUAUGAUUUAACAAUAAAAAUAAAUAAAUUUAAAAAAAUUAAAAAUGGGAAAAAAAAAAGACUCUAACAUAUGUGCAGACCUCUCCACUGACAUCUGUGCUCAUACUUAUAAGGCUGCUUGCUUGGUCCCUUCACUUGGGGUUUUGUAACCUCACACUUCCCAAACUCAAUUUCUGAUUUUCUCUUUAUUCUCUGCUUGCUUAUCUCACAGUGUUUCCCAUCUUAGUAAAUGUCAGCUCAAUCCUCCCAGUUCUUCUAAAACCUUGGGGUAACUCUCCUUUCCCACCCCCACAUUCCUCUAUGCAGUAUGUCGAUGAAUCCUCUUUCCUCUGUUUUCAUAAGAAUUAUGGCCCCUAAGAUCUAAGCCACCUUUACCUCCAACUUUGAUUAUUGCCUCUUGCCAUGUCAUUCUCUUUUCUUUAUUUCCUGUAAUCUGUUCUCUGCAUAGCAGUCAAAGCAAUCUCCCUGUUUUUUUUUUUUUUUGUAAUAUAGUUUUAAGCUAAGAAGCAGUGAAUUCUUUUAAUAAUACAAGAGAUGAUUGAGAGAAAUGUUUCUUAAAGUUUCUGAAGGAUAAACCUAGCACAUUUGGAUAGUUGAUCGUGGAAAACAUUUCUUUUCUAUUUUAGGUAUCUUUCUUUUUCUUAUUUCUACAAAUAAUUAGAUGAGAUUAUCUCUUACUCUUGGAUUGCUUUGCUGUUUUUCUCCUGUCAUCUAGUGUCUCCCCCCUCCCCCUCACAUUUAGAAAAGAACUUUUUCAGGGAUAACAGGCUUGAACUUGACCUUCAGCUCCAUUGACUUACAACUUCCUGAAGCAUGACGUGGAUGAGGACUCUGAUGCUCAGCUGAGGUUGGGAUCAGUUAGAAGAAAACUCCACAAGACAGAGUGAGGAUUUGGGAAGCCAGUUUACAGAAAUUUUCAUUAAGCAACAAGAAAAUGUCACCCUUCUGUUGUCUUUAUUGGAGGAGUUUGAUUUCCAUGUCCGUUGGCCUGGUGUCAAGCUUCUUACUUCUCUUUUAAAACAGCUGGGGCCUCAGGUGCAACAAAUUAUUUUAGUUAGUCCCAUGGGUGUUUCAAGAUUGAUGGACUUGUUAGCAGAUUCCAGGGAAGUUAUACGUAAUGAUGGUGUUCUGCUACUACAGGCACUAACAAGAAGCAAUGGAGCAAUCCAGAAAAUUGUUGCUUUUGAAAAUGCCUUUGAGAGACUGUUGGACAUUAUUACAGAGGAGGGGAACAGUGAUGGAGGAAUAGUAGUAGAAGAUUGUUUGAUUUUGCUCCAAAACUUGUUAAAAAACAACAAUUCCAAUCAAAAUUUUUUUAAAGAAGGCUCAUAUAUUCAGCGUAUGAAACCUUGGUUUGAAGUUGGAGAUGACAAUUCUGGCUGGUCUGCACAGAAAGUGACCAGUCUGCAUCUAAUGCUACAGGUUGUUCGUGUAUUGGUAUGUCCCAACAACCCUCCUGGUGCUACCAGCAGCUGCCAGAAAGCCAUGUUUCAGUGCGGGCUGCUGCAGCAGCUGUGCACCAUCCUGAUGGCUACCCGGGUGCCUGCGGAUAUCCUGACUGAGACCAUAAAUACUGUAUCAGAAGUUAUUCGCGGCUGCCAAGUAAACCAAGACUACUUUGCAUCAGUAAAUGCACCUUCAAACCCACCAAGACCAGCUAUUGUAGUGCUGCUCAUGUCCAUGGUUAAUGAGAGGCAGCCAUUUGUCCUGCGCUGUGCUGUGCUCUACUGUUUCCAGUGUUUCUUAUAUAAAAACCAGAAGGGGCAAGGAGAAAUCGUGUCGACACUUCUGCCUUCCACCAUUGAUGCAACAGGUAAUUCAGUCUCAGCUGGUCAAUUACUGUGUGGAGGUUUGUUUUCUACUGAUUCACUUUCAAACUGGUGUGCUGCUGUGGCCCUCGCCCAUGCUUUGCAAGAAAAUGCUACCCAGAAAGAACAGUUGCUCAGGGUUCAACUUGCUACAAGUGUUGGCAACCCUCCAGUCUCUUUACUACAGCAGUGCACCAACAUCCUUUCACAGGGUGAUAAGAUCGACAGACGGGGAAGCAAAAUACAAACAAGGGUUGGAUUAUUAAUGUUGCUUUGUACCUGGCUGAGCAACUGUCCCAUUGCAGUGACGCAUUUUCUUCACAAUUCAGCCAGUGUUCCAUUUCUUACAGGACAGAUUGCAGAAAAUUUUGGAGAGGAAGAGCAGUUGGUCCAAGGCUUAUGUGCCCUUUUGUUGGGCAUUUCCAUUUACUUCAAUGAUAACUCACUUGAGAGCUGCAUGAAAGAGAAACUAAAACAACUAAUAGAGAAGAGGAUUGGCAAAGAGAAUUUCAUAGAGAAACUAGGAUUUAUUAGCAAGCAUGAGUUAUAUUCCAGAGCGUCUCAGAAACCCCAGCCAAACUUUCCCAGUCCAGAAUACAUGAUAUUUGAUCACGAGUUUACAAAGCUGGUAAAAGAACUUGAAGGUGUUAUAACUAAGGCUAUUUAUAAGUCCAGUGAAGAAGAUCAGAAAGAAGAAGAGGUGAAGAAGACUCUAGAGCAGCAUGACAACAUUGUGACUCACUACAAAAAUAUGAUUCGAGAGCAAGACCUGCAACUUGAGGAGUUAAGGCAACAAGUCUCUACCCUGAAAUGUCAGAAUGAGCAUCUCCAGACGGCAGUUACACAGCAGGCGGCGCAGAUUCAGCAGCACAGGGAUCAGUAUAAUCUGCUCAAAGUGCAGCUGGGAAAAGACAGUCAUCAUCAAAGUUCUUAUAGCGAUGGGGCUCAGAUGAAUGGCAUUCAGCCGGAAGAAAUUGGUAUGUUGCGAGAAGAGACAGAAAAAUUAAAAAGUAAUCAAGAAGUUUUACAGAGUCAGCUGAUUGAAAAUUUGUUUUCAGUACCUACUUCAGAUGGAGAUUGUGAACAAGUUGAAGAGUUGAAACUGGAACUGACAACAUUAAAGUCUCAGUUAAACUCACAGUCUAUGGAGAUCACCAAACUACAGGCAGAAAGGCAGGAGCUACUGCAGAAAACAGAAGCAUGUGCAAAAUCGGUUCCCGUACAAGGCGACAGUGAGACUGCAAUAGCAGCUCAAACUACUGACCUAGAAGGAAGACUGGCAGCAUUAUUAGAAGAAACGAAAGAAUUAAAGAAUGAAAUUAAAGCCCUGUCUGAGGAAAAAACUGCCAUUAAAGAACAGCUAGAUUCAUCUAACAGCACCAUUGCCAUCUUACAAAACGAGAAAGACAAAUUAGACUCAGAAAUUACAGAUUCCAGAAAAGAGCAAGAUGACCUCCUGGUUCUCUUGGCUGAACAAGAUCAGAAAAUAGUGUCACUGAAGAAAAGACUCAAGGAUCUUGGUUAUCCAAUUGUAGAAGAGGAUGAAGUUGAACCCGGAGACCAAGAAGAUGAGGAUGAUGAAAAUGAAGAGGCUGACAAGGACCAGGAUAGUAUCUAGCUUUAAAAUCUCCAGGAACGAUAGGGGUGAUGUUGUAACUUGGAGGAUGGAAUCUUAAGACAGUACUUUGGUUUGCCUCUGCAGAAAAUAAAGACUUAGACACAUUCACUAAUAAGACUAUUGAUAUACUUUUUCAAUGUUGCCACCCAUGUUAAAAACCCCAGAACUCUAACUUUAUGCAGAAUACAUACCUUUUAUUUAAAUUCAUAGGAACUGUCCCAAAAUACAAUUUGCAGAGAGCUUCAGACAUCAAAGGAUGCACCAUUUAAGGCGUGUGGUGGCAGUGCUAGUGGCUUUAGUUCACUUUACUUUUCAGAAUUGGUGACUUUAAGUACUAACAUACUUGAUUUAAUAUGUAUUGAAUUGGAAUCAUUGUUUCUAAAUUCAGCAUUUGAGUUUUUAGCUUAUGAUUUUCUUUUAAAGAAAUGAGUUCACCUAAAGACAAGAUCGCCUGGGCUGAGAGAUGAUGUGUAUCAUCAGCCCUGCAUCCAGUGUGACUGCGAAGAUGUGCGGAAUAGGACGGUUGAGAAUGAGUGCCUUGACACUGACGUGGCUGCAUUCUGUCCUCAGUGACGAGCAGGAUGCUGGUGCACACAGGUGAUGUGGACGAUGAGUCUGAGAAACUUUGGCAACAGUGUAUUAACAUGGUUGGUUUUCUCUUUAUUUUGAGCUAAACAUCUAGAACAUGUUGUAAGUUAACAGCUCAUGCAAUUCAGAUUUAGUAUUGUUGAUUAUCACAAAACAUAUUAUGUUCCUAGUUUUUAAAAGACCCAAAUUAUGAUUUAUAUAAUUUAUUGUCAUUUUUGCUGAAUAGGUUUAAGUCAGAUAAUAG